UGUGUUGUGUAUAAUCGUUCUUCAUUUUUCGAUAGUUUUUUUCGUCAAAUAUUCUGCAUAAAGAAUUUGAAAUAAUUCUAAUUGUGUCGUAAAUAUUAAUAAGAAGAAAUAGAAGUUGAAAAUUUUUGAAUAAACGCACAUAUGAGUGCUUCCAUAUGACUGUAAAAUCAGAGAAAUAGAAGUACGCAAUAAUUUGUUGUGUUGUCUGAUAUCAAGACGAGAAAAAUAAUAAAUACUUACGUAGUUGUUUAGAAACGCGCGCUUAUUUUAAUUUGAUUAUUCAAACGCAACGUGAUUGGUCGACAUUUUUACCGGCUUUCAUGUCGUACGUUUAAUACAUUGUGAUCUCAACGUUUGUCAAUUUUACACUUUGAUUAUUUGUUAUUAAAAAAAAAAAAACAGUUUAAACAUUGAAAUACAUUUAUAAACAUUCCAAGAAUCUUGUUUGUUCAUCGUUUAUAACUUAUACAAAUGCUUCGACUACAUAAACAUUCAAUAAAAAUACAAAUCUAGGGCCCCAUGAUCUCUAAAACAAGGUUUUAAUAUGUGGAAAAUAUGGAGGAUAGUAUUGCGGUUAACGGUGUAGUUGAUGUAAAUGGAGUAAAUGACAAUAACGUUGGAUCCGAUAGAAUUUAUUACGAAUUGGAUGGCGAAGGUGAUGCCGAUAGUUCUACCACACAAGGACACAUCAAUCCUGAUCAACGUGGUCGUAGCGAAAGUCCUGUUUAUGGCUUGGAAGGUAGCGUAACAGGAGCAAGUGGUGGUGGUGGUACUUCAUUAAGACUAGCUCCGCAAGAAUUACCAAAUGAAAUUUCAGCGCCAUACGAAGUACCGCAAUUUCCGAUUGAGCAGAUCGAGAAGAAGUUGCUCAUUCAAAGACAACUUACCGUUAAAGCCGCAAAGGAUCUCGAAGAAAGACGCAGUCAUUAUGAACCAUCAAUUGGUCCAGGUGUACCAGAUCAUACCGAUGAUCCGUUAUUUAAUUUUGAAGAAAAUGACUUUGUACCACACUUUCAACGAGUUUCAAUAUCCGGCGAAGAUACAUCGGGAGUGGGUGUAUAUUUACAGGUACCAUUGGAGGAUCUUCAACAGGCAUCGCAGAUGCUUGUUCAAGCCUUGGUUAUUCGAGAAAGAUAUAUGAACAAUUCUAAACAAAGUUUUCCUUCUAUCACGACCAAAUUUUUACGUAGCAUUGAUAAACGACCUGUUACUUCCAACGACGAAGUUCAACACGAUGAUCGCAAAGCUAUCGCAGAUCAUCCGGUACACGCGCCAGCAUCCCGUGGUGAUCCUUGGGAAUGUAAAUUUCCUCCAUCUAAAAAUUACACUAUAUUACCUAUAAACGGUGUAUUCAAUGUUUUCGCAAACGAAGAAGAUGCGAAAAAUGGGGAACCACUUCCUUAUUCCUAUCCAGAUUUAGGAGUUUUUGUUAGAGACAUGAAUCUUCUUUGUGCCAUGAUUGCAGACGGCCCUUUGAAAUCAUUUUGUUAUAGAAGAUUGAGUUAUCUUUCAUCGAAAUUUCAAUUACACGUUUUGUUAAACGAACUCAGAGAAUUGGCCAGUCAAAAAGCUGUUCCACAUAGAGAUUUUUAUAAUAUCAGAAAGGUUGACACGCAUAUUCAUGCUGCUUCGUGUAUGAAUCAAAAACAUCUUCUUAGAUUUAUUAAAAAAACAUUGAAAAAUCAUGCCGAGGAAAUUGUUACUUGUUCGAAAAAUGGUGAAACCAUGACACUAAGCGAAGUUUUUCAAUCAAUGAAUUUAACUACGUACGAUUUAAGUGUAGAUAUGUUAGAUGUACACGCUGAUAGAAAUACAUUUCACAGGUUCGAUAAAUUCAAUGCUAAAUAUAAUCCUAUAGGUGAGAGCAGAUUACGCGAAGUUUUUCUUAAAACUGAUAAUUAUCUUAAUGGUAGAUUUUUCGCAAGUAUAAUCAAAGAAGUAGCUAGCGAUCUUGAAGAAUCCAAAUAUCAAAAUGCUGAAUUACGAUUGUCCAUUUAUGGUAAAAGUCCCGAGGAAUGGGACAAGUUAGCUAAAUGGGCGAUACAGAGUGACGUUUAUUCUGACAAUGUACGCUGGCUUAUUCAAAUUCCAAGACUUUACGAUAUCUUCAAAUUAAAUAAACUUAUAACCAAUUUCCAAGAAAUUUUGAACAAUAUAUUUUUACCUUUAUUCGAAGUUACUAAUGAUCCUAAUUCUCAUCCAGAAUUACACAAAUUUUUACAAUACGUAAUAGGAUUUGAUUCCGUUGAUGAUGAAAGUAAACCCGAAAAUCCAUUAUUUGAUAAAGAUGUUUGUCCUCCAGCUGAAUGGGACGACGUUGAAAAUCCACCAUAUGGUUACUAUCAAUAUUAUACAUACGCAAAUAUGACCGUACUAAAUCACUUUAGAGCCGAGCAAGGUUUCAAUACUUUUGUUCUUCGUCCUCAUUGUGGAGAGGCUGGACCGAUUCAACAUCUUGUUUGUGGUUACAUGAUGGCCGAAAAUAUUUCUCAUGGACUUUUGUUAAGAAAAGUUCCCGUACUCCAAUAUUUGUAUUAUUUGGCACAAAUUGGCAUUGCUAUGUCUCCGUUAAGUAACAAUUCUCUUUUCUUAAAUUAUCAUCGUAAUCCUUUACCCGAAUAUCUUGCCAGAGGAUUGUGCGUAAGUCUUUCAACGGAUGAUCCUUUACAAUUCCACUUUACAAAAGAACCUUUAAUGGAAGAGUAUAGUAUCGCUGCACAAGUAUGGAAGCUCAGUUCAUGCGAUAUGUGUGAAUUAGCACGUAACUCAGUUCUUAUGAGUGGUUUCCCACAUAAGAGUAAACAAUACUGGCUUGGCCCAAAUUAUACGAAAGAAGGUGUUGCCGGUAAUGAUAUCACUAGGACCAAUGUACCAGACAUACGAGUGGCUUAUAGAUAUGAAACUUUGGUCGAUGAAUUAUGCAACAUUUGCAAAGUUGUUGAAAAACCGGAAUCUAUACUAUUUUAAAAACUUUGAUUAACUUUGCAAGAUAUUCUAUUAUAUUAUUAGAGUACAACGAUAUAUUUUCCUUUGAAACGAGUCAUCUCACAAUUAUGGACAAAAACAAAAUUUAUAACAAAACAGAUAAGUUUCUUAUUUCUUUAAUGAAA